CAAAGUUGAACGUUUUAGAAAUCUCAAUGACGAAUCAUGCAAUUUACCCAUAAAAAUAGGAAAUGGAAAUAGAAUUCCAUUUUCCAUUUCUUCCUAUCGUAUCCAAACAGGCUGUUCGGACUCUUCUCGUCUGCUUUCUCCGGCAAUGACUAGCGGCGGUCAGCAGUCGGCGCCACUGUACAAACCAUACCGACUCCUCAAGACCCUGAGAGACCACGAACGCGCCGUGUCCUGCGUCAAAUUCUCCAACGACGGCAAUCUUCUCGCCUCCGCCUCCCUCGACAAAACCCUAAUCCUCUGGUCCGCCUCCAACUUCUCCCUCCUAACGCGCCUCGUCGGCCACUCCGAGGGUGUCUCCGACAUCGCCUGGUCCUCCGAUUCCCACUACAUCUGCUCCGCCUCCGACGAUCGGACCAUCCGCAUCUGGGACGCGCGCGCUCCCUUCGACUGCCUGAAAAUCCUCAGAGGGCACUCCGACUACGUCUUUUGCGUCAAUUUCAAUCCCCAGUCCAAUCUCAUCGUCUCCGGCUCCUUCGACGAGACCAUUCGUAUCUGGGAGGUGACGACUGGGAAAUGCGCCCAAGUCAUCAAAGCUCAUACCCAGCCCGUCACUUCCGUUCACUUCAAUCGUGAUGGCUCCUUGAUCGUUUCUGGGAGCCAUGACGGGACUUGCAAGAUUUGGGAGGCCGCCACUGGUACUUGCAUAAUGACGCUUUUCUCCGACCGAGCCGCCGUGUCUUUUGCCAAGUUCUCUCCCAAUGGGAAGUUCAUUUUGACUGCCACUCUUGACAGCACUCUCAAGCUAUGGAAUUAUAAAUUGGGGAAGUUCUUGAAGAUUUACACAGGUCACACGAACAAGGUUUAUUGCGUUAGCUCCACAUUUUCAGUAACAAAUGGAAAGUAUAUUGUUAGCGGUUCAGAGGAUAAGUGCGUAUACUUGUGGGAUCUCCAGCAGAAGACCAUGAUUCAGAAACUGGAAGGCCAUUCUGACACGGUCAUUUCUGUUAGCUGUCACCCCAUUGCCAAUAGAAUAGCCUCCGCAGGCCUUGAUGGAGAUAGAAGCAUAAAAAUUUGGGUCCAGGACCCAUAAAGAGCAUCAAUUUUUGGUUCGUGACCUAUGAGAGACGGCGUUUUUUGCUGUGUAUUUCGGAUGGAUGGCUGGAGCCUGUUAGGUUGCUGGAAAAAGGAAAUUAACGGAGGAAGCAUUGGGUAGCAAAUUAGAAAUAAUUAGUGUAUCUAUUUCAUGCUUCUUACGGAUUAAGCAUUGUGAUAGCGAUGUUUCUGAUGAAAACAAAAGCCGAAAAGAAUGUGAUAUAGAUGUUUCUGAUUGAUUUAAACCACAGCAAA